AUGGGGCGAGGCAAGAAGCAUAAGAAAUCUGGCUCGCCCUUUCCUGUUCGUCUGUGGCGAGAGAAGAACGACAAGCUUGCCAUCGGCCACGCAACUCGAAAGUUUGUUACAAACGGCAUUGAGGGACUUCUAGUUGAGCGAAUGAGAGUGAAGCAGUUGAAGGAGGAAGCUCGUGUCAGACGCAAUCGGGAACACCAAUCUGUACCUCCAGACAAGCUAAGCAAGCGGAAGAUCAAACAUGAGAUGUCGAUGAGUCCCGCUAUCAAGCUCGAAGGGGAUGAAUUCAUGGAUGAUUUCCCACUUUUCCCAGGAUUCCUCGACCCAGAACCAAAUUACAUUGUUCAGGAUGAAUUCGUUCUGGGGAACGACUCAAUGUCAUUGAAAGGCCAAGUGUGGCCUGGGAUGGGAAAGAUGGAUCUUGCCGACGAUAUCACGAGGAGAGCUCGAAACCAAAAGAAGCCCAAGUCCGUCAUCGAUAAAAUGAAGAAGGUAUCUGAAUGCAUCGAGCCUACCCAGGUUAUAAUGAGCUCCAAGUUCGAGGUGGAAAGGACGAAGGAUGUCUACGACGAUACCUCAUCCCCUGCUCCUGGCCAGGAAGAACCGACACCACCGAGAAAGGUCCAGAAGCCGAAGCGAAAGAAGUCAACACCUCUUGCUGAAAUAUCUGGAAACGUUCCGAAACAGCGGCGAAGAAAUGCCCGUGGACAAAAGUCUAACGUUGGAAAGAGGAUGGGCUUCAAGAAAGAACAGGAUCCUCAGGAGGAGCUCGAAAUAUCCAUUCCACCAAAAGAAGCCAGAGAAAUCAAAGACAUAUUCCGUAACGAUGUUACUCGAACAACUUCUAUCAGUGAACCUCCACGUUCCUUGAGCCAUGGCGAUCACAGAUUAGAGCCUCGCAAUAAACACGGAGCCCGCAACAUGAAUAGUUUCCAUCACUCGAACCUUGUAUCCCCGACGCCGCAUGCCAGAGAUUUGGCAUCUCGCCACCCUCAAGCCAGGGCGACACCUAGCACAGUCCGACCUGAGCCUUUCCCCCCAGGAUCUUUCAGCCACGCCGAAGCCUCGUAUGCAAUGAAAGACGCUACAAUCUACAAUGCUUCAUCAAGACUCCCAUUUCUGCCUACAAGCUACAGUCAAUUUCGAGACGCAGGCCCAGACCAUUUGCGUCCAGCAGCAAACUAUGGUUUUCAGUUGAAGGAGGAGGAUUAUGCUACACCACACCCUGGAGAGCUAGCCCAGGGGACAAACAGCCAAUUCAUCGGCAUGUCUGGAACGAACCCUCUUUUCUCGACCGACCGGUCUUUCCUGAGUUCCUAUGGUCAAGGGGUCCUGAACACAACUUUCUCACCACUGCCGUUCUCUUCUAUCAACCGACAGCAGGACCUUCCACACACUAGCCGGGAAACGAAGCAACAAACGCAUAUGUGUGAAGUCAUGGAGGCUAGCGGCCUUGGUGAAGAACAGGAAUUGAACCUCGACGGCCCAUGGGGCAUCAAUGGUGCUAACAGCGACUUGAGCUUUCCUCACGGAUUAACGGUAGACAACCCACAGAUCUGA